UAAAUUUGUUUGCGGUUCACCGUUCAACGGACUUUCUUGACAAUUUGAAAUCAAAGACGCGUUUUAGUGGAUUUAUUCAAAAACAAUUGUAGUGGAGUGUUUAUUUCGAGUUAUUUUAUGUGUAUUGUGCCAAGAUGACGACGGAUAAGAUAAGGAAGGACAAGAAUCAGAACAUUCAGGUGUUCAUUCGCUUAAGACCAUUAAAUCAACGAGAAAAGGACAUAAAAUCCCUGGGGGUGAUAGAGGUGGUGAACAACCGGGAGGUGGUGGUCCGCCAGUCGCAGCAGACCUCACACACUAAGAAGUUCACAUUUGACAGAGCUUUUGCUCCGAGUGCCAGCCAGUUGACAGUAUACCAAGAAGUAGUGAGUCCUCUUAUAGAGGAAGUCCUCAAUGGCUACAACUGCACAGUGUUUGCUUAUGGGCAGACCGGGACGGGCAAGACACAUACCAUGGUGGGAGAACACACUGGGACUGAUACCCACUGGCAGAAUGACCCGCUGGCCGGCAUAAUCCCGCGCGCCCUCAGCCAGCUAUUCGACGAGCUCCGCCUCACCAACACGGAGUAUACGGUCCGCGUGUCCUAUCUGGAGCUCUACAAUGAGGAGCUGUUUGAUUUGCUGGCCACUUCCGAAGACAACUCCAAGCUCAGGAUAUAUGAGGAUGUUACGAGGAAGGGAUCCAAUAUUGUUAAUGGGCUGGAGGAGAUUACGGUAUACAACAAGAAUGAAGUGUACAAGAUCAUGGCUCAGGGUCAGGAGAGGAAGAGAGUUGCAUCAACUCUCAUGAAUGCUCAAUCAAGUCGCUCCCACACGGUGUUCACGAUCGUAGUCCACAUGAAGGAGAACAGUCCGGAAGGUGAGGAGCUGAUGAAGAUCGGUAAACUGAACCUGGUGGACCUCGCCGGCUCGGAGAACAUCAGCAAGGCCGGCUCCGACAACCCCGCCAAGAAGGAGCGCGCGAGAGAGUGCGUCAACAUCAACCAGUCGCUUCUGACUCUUGGGAGAGUUAUUACUGCGCUGGUUGAGAGACAUCCCCAUAUACCUUAUAGGGAAUCAAAACUGACCCGAAUUCUUCAAGAAUCCCUCGGCGGUCGGACCAAGACGUCCAUCAUUGCAACCAUAUCCCCUGGACACAAGGACCUGGAAGAGACCAUGAGCACUCUGGAAUACGCGCACAGAGCCAAGAACAUACAGAACAAGCCAGAAGUCAACCAGAAGAUGACUAAGAAGGCUAUAUUGAAAGAGUAUGCUGAAGAAAUAGAUCGGUUAAAACGAGACCUGCAGGCUACAAGGGAUAGAAAUGGCGUCUACCUAGCCAGCGAAACAUACGCCGAAAUGACUCUUAAAGAAGAAGAACAACGCAAGGAAAUACAAGAACUGCUGCUCAAGAAGAGAGCCAUGGAGGAGGAGAGGGACCGCAUGGAGGCCGUCUUCGAGGAGAUGAAUCAGAAGCUGGAAGUGCGAGAGCAAGAGCUAGCUAAUACCGUGGGGCAGUUGAAUACUACGAAGGCGGAGUUGGCUACCACCAGUAAAAAACUAGUGAAAACGAAGCAAGUGUGUGAGGAGCAGCAGCAGCUGGUGUCUGCCCACUGCAGUACGGAGAAGGCGCUGAGUGCGCAGGCGAGGCAGCUGCUGGCCACCGCCGACGUGGCCACCAAGCAUGUGGCCUGUCUGCAUGACACCGUGGACAAGCGGAAGUCGGUGGAGUCGUGGAACUUAGAGACGACCCGCACUUACCGCUCGCAGAGCUGUGCGCAGCGCGGCGCGGCGCGGGCGCUGCUGAGCCGCCGCGCCGCCGCGCUGCACGCCGCGCUGCUGCGGCUGCAGCAGGACCUGGAAACCUACACAACCUCCAGCACUCAAACUCAAGAGCAAAAUAAACAACAGCUGGAUAACUUAGUGCAGAGCUUCUUGCAUACUAUAAAUGAGAUAAAGUCCGCGACCUCGGAGAGCCACGCCUCGCUAGUCCAGUCAGCAGCCGGCCACCGUAAUGCUCUCCACGCGGCGGUGAGCGAGCACAGCGGCGGCCUGCAGGCCUCGCUGCUGGCCUUCCUGCAGGGACUCGGGGCCUCGCUGCAGACCGCACAGGCCGUCGAUGUUAAAGGGAAAGUGGCUGCUUUUGUUGAGCAAUGGGUGUCGGGCGCGGCAGCCCGCGUGUGGUCGCUGUCCCGCGCGCAGGCCGCGUGGGCGCGCGCGGGCGCGGCGGCGGGCACGACGCGCAGUGCGCGCGCGCGCCGCGCGGACGCGCGCCGCGCCCGCCUGGCCGCGCGCCGGAACGUCAUGCUGGCCAGGGCGCAGGAAAUGGAAGAAGAAUCAACUCGUCUAGAAAGCCUACUAACACAACAACUAGCUGACAUCGACACUGAACGACAAGACACAGAGAACAGACUACAACAAUGGAUGGAAGAAAAACGCCGACUGUUAGAAGAAGAACUAGCAAAACACGUCGCAUCGGAGAAGAAAGCGCUAGAAGAAAGACUAGCCAAGAAGGUCGCAGAAAUAGAGGUACAGAAAAAGAUCUUGGAACAGAGAAUGGAGCGUUACAAAGAGUGGCAACAGAUACAAUUUGAGGCUGAUAAAGAGGAGUUGGAGAUGGCAGACGCAGACCUGCAGGAGAUCGAAAACAGCACAGAAGAGAGCAUUAAUGAUAUCAAGAAGUAUAGCAAGGAGUUUGAAGAAGGCACGAACGCCAUCAGCGUAGACAUGGAGAUCUUCAGCAAGAAUAUCGUAGAGGUUGUGGAUCACAUCAAUAGCGAGAUGCUGGCCGCGCUGCAGAACACCAGGGAACAUGUUGAGAAAGAAGUAAAGACAGUGAUAGAGGCUGAUCAGCAAACGAGCCAAACCUUCGUACAGGGAGCGGACGCCAUGCUGGCGGACAUCGUGGCUAGCACCAAGAACAUCACAGACGCACUUAUUGACAAGAUUGAGGCUAACAACGCCACAGCGGUCGAGGCCCUCACAUCGGUAUCGGCCUCCACGUCCUCCCUGAUCUCCUGCAGCCUCGCUCAUCAAGCCGCACACGACAGCAAGCGCUGCGCCGCGCGCGAGGAGCUAGACGCCCUGCAGCUGGACCUGGACGAGGCGCUACAGAACCUGGAGAGGCUGGAGGGGAGGUACCUCAGCCAGGAGUACAAGGUGUACGAGCCUACAGGCUCGACCCCGUCCCGCCUGGAGUUCCGCUACCCGCGCCAGCUGGCCGCCACCUCGCCUCACGCGCGCAUCCUGGCGCGCCUCAGGAUGCAGCCCGACAACGACGAUGACUGUGUAGUAGUGGAGUCCGAGGCGGCCCCCCGCGCGGCGAGUGACUCGGACAGUUCGGAGGACUCGGCCGUGUUCGCGGCGCCGUCGCCGCCCGUUUUGAAUCAGAGCAAGAACAAGAUCGUCAAGAGCACCUCCGAGACUGACAUACUCUUCACUAUGAAGAGGCAACAAGAACAAAGCAAAGAGAACACUGAACGUUCUAUCUCAAACAAAAAGCCAUCGAAACUGCCGGCGCCCUCGUCACACAAGAAACCGCUCGUGGAGAGGAACGGCAACUGACACCAACACCACAGCUACCCUCGAACUGAAGAUAUUGUGUUCAUGCAGGUGUUCGCAACCCCUCCGCUAGGGGCGCUGCCGGCGAACGAAACGAUCCUAGGAUAGUCUUAUACUAGUGUGUUCUUGCAUUUAGAAUAAUAAACAUUUUUUGUAUUACGAAAUUCUCACCGACUUAUUAUCUUUAGGUUAUUUUUCAUUUCUUUUGGACUAUAUGUAUGCGUUUUAGAACUUUUGUUUAUUGAUAAUUAUAUGCUCAUAGAUAUUAUCUUCUUGGUAUAAACUCUUUGUUUAUAAAUGAUUAGAAUACAUGGUGCUUGCUCAAUAUUUUCAAGUGCCUCCGUUGUAGACUGGGCAGAAUAUUACCAAUUUGACAUGACAGUUAAGUUGGAUAAUUGCCUGGACACAGUUGCACUGCAUUAGCAUCUCGAAUGUGUAUGGCAAUGACAUUUCUACGAGUGAUGUAUCGACGGUCAGCGUGGGCGCUUGGAAAAAUAAUUCUUGUGUGCAGACCAAGUGUGAAAAAGGUUUUUCGAAAGUUAGCAAAUAAUAUUUUCUGCUUAAUUAAUACCGAUACUUUAAUUUAUUAAACAGUAUCAUAAUGCUUUUGUAUUAUUAUGUAGCCUCAUUAUAUAUCUGUCAUGUUAUAUGAAUAUUAUUUUGGUUAUGAAUAUUUUCCAGAUAAUUACUCACGAAAGCCUAUACAAAUUUUAAUAAAAUUAAGUUUAAAUUCUAUUAUUUUAAUUUGGUAUAUUAAUUUACAUAUUUAGGCAAUGGUUAGUUUUUUUAUGGAUAAUUACAUCGAUUAAAAUUAAAUUAGAUAUAAAAAUAUUACGUAUUAUCUGUAGGAAAAAAUCCGUAAACAACGUUGCGUGAUUUUCUUCGUACUAAAUCUUAUUCUAAUUUCUUCUCCUUGACAAAGGUAAAGCCUAUCAAUAUUCCCACGCACUAUGUAAGUACACAAAGUAUAUGGUAAUAGUUGUAUAUUAUUUAAUCUGAAAUAAUUGGUUAUAUUUAAUACAAAAUUAUUUGUAACAUAUCAGUGCUAUGCUUUUCUGUAUUCAUGCGUGUGUACAUGCUCUGAAUAAAUUAUAUCUUACGAUUA